UCCAAAAAUAAAAUUUCUUUAAAUCGGCUUUCGUCAAAUUUGGCGCCGUUGUAAAGGAUAAAACUGACAUUUUGAAAGCAAGACAAUUACACAACUAAUUAGAGGUUUAGAGCGUAGGGCUAUUAAAUACUAGCAUACUUUUACUUUCAUGCAUUACUGCAAUUUGUGCUUCAUACAAUCAUAUGCUACAAGACGAAAAAAUAACACAAUUAAUUUGCAAUCACUAGAUGGAUGCUGUAACAUUUGUGCAAGGGAUUUGCAAGACCAUGUGCCCAGCAGAUGAAUACGAAAUAAGAAAGGAACACAACUUGGUCCGUCCCUUUGAAACAUCUUUCCUGUCUGCUGUCAAGUGCUACAGUAGGUCUGCUGCUGGUCAGUCAUUUGCCAGAAACAGAAAUAUAAGAGAUCUCUCCACACUAGACAACACAGUCCAAUACCUCUUCCAACAGAUUCUUGAUAAAAGAAAAACACACUUACCACUGUUGUAUGAUUUUGUAUUUGAUCGCCUUAGAGCUGUUCGCCAAGACCUGGUUGUUCAGGGGUAUUUGGAAGGAUAUAGUGGAUUAAAAACAGUGGUUGUUGUAAAAAUUCUUGAGUAUUGUGUCAGGUUUUAUGUCUACUUUCAAUUCAGGUUGUCUCAUCUUCCUCCAUCUGCAUUUAGCAGUCAUAUUAAUCAAAAUCAUAUUGAUGAGUGCUUAAGUCAAUUACUUCAUCUCUACUCUGAAAUUGAAGUGAAGAAUUCUGAGUUGCUUCAUCAAACAAAUUAUAUUGAAAUCGAAGCCCUUCAUUUGCUGUUAUCGAAAGGCCCAAAUGGUCUUCACCGUGCAAUUCAACUACCCUACAGGACGAAAACGCACACCAUAGUUAAAAAAUCUAUUGAAAUCAGCAUCUCUCUCUGGCUUGGAAAUUUUGUCAGAGCAAAUCGAAUCGCACAAGGUUUACCGUUGAGCCUUUUAUUGGCUUACCGUGCAAACUUUGCAUUUCUUCGAUCGAGAGUUUUAGAAGUUUACGAACGCGGCCAUCGGUCACCACAAGGAUCCAAGUUUCCUCUUGAUAAACUGUCACGUUAUUUAUUGUUUGAUACUACACAGGAAACCGCCGAUUAUUGCGCUGAGCAUGGUCUUUUGCUGGAUGAAACGGGUUCUUUCGUAAUCUUCAAAACCGGGACCACAUUAAAAUCAAGCGCAUCUUCUCAGUCAAACAACGUUUGCGACAGAGCAAUUGAAGAACAAUUGAAAAAUGUCCGAAUUAGCAACUUGCUAUAUGGACAGAGCAUUUGA